CUGUGUGGCGUUGGAGUUGUUGUCACUGGAGGAAUGCUUCCUGAUGGAGGCAACAUGUGAAGAGUUUUAAUCUCCUCUCUGAACUUGUGAAUGGUUGUGUGACCACCUUGGGAGACAAGUCAGAGUUGAGCCAUAGGUGUUUGAUAUAUGAGGCCACUUCCUUUGUUUGCCGGUGCUAACAUGUUUAAGUUUUCUACGGCUGGCAGGCCAGAUUACCCACAGCUGCAGCACAUCAGGCUCAGCAGAGGAACAGCUCGGAUGAGUGGCUGAGGCAGGAGAGUGUUGCCAAAGACUUGGAAACAGAACAGGCCACUGCAGCAUCAGAACUGUGAUCUCAGGACCACAACUCAGUGGUGGAUGACAGAGAUGAAGGCAGGAUGUGGAGAAAGAUUUGACAGAGGAAAAGCAGAACUUCAUGAUUUGACUAACAACGGGCACAAUCUGAUCUAGAGUGUAUGUGGUGGCAGAAAUACAUGGUAGCCUCUCUUAAGGAUAUGCCUGUACAAUACCCUACGCUGAUGUGUGGUCUUUUGAUUCCUUUCCUUCUUAUCCUGAUCCAAGUGUCAUCCUGCACCGUUACAGUCACUGGCUACAUUGGACAGGAUGUCACUCUGCCCUGCAGUUAUGAUGUCCAAGCUAACGGAGUCCUCAGUUUCUGCUGGGGACACGGGAAGGUGCCCCGAUCCAAAUGUAGCAACACAAUCCUCUUGUCGGAUAAUGGGAAUGUGACUUUCAGAGAGUCCCCCAGGUACCAGCUGCUGAGCCAGGUCAUGCAGGGUGAAGUUUCCUUGACCAUCGUUAAAGCUCAGAAAACAGAUUCUGGGGUUUACGGCUGCAGGGUGGAGAUUCCUGGCUUGUUCAACGACCAAAAGAUCAACGUACACCUGACCAUGGAAGAAGCUCCUAUGGAAGAACUUGACAUCCAAAGCUCAACAGACUGUGACACUGUGACAGUAAGCAAAGGCUCAAAAAUAGCAAAAAUUCAUAGUGCAACAAGUCAGUUUAUAACAUCAGAAAGGAAAGUGAAAAAUGAAAUGGUUAAUUUUUCACCGCAUGAAAUUUUCAAAGCCCUCUUAGAAGCAGAGAACAUUGGAAGGAUUGCAGUUAUUUUCUUCCUCACCAUAAUCCUAAUCCUCAUCCUCAUCAUCAGGAGGAAGGUCCUGAUGGGGAGGACGACACCUCAGCAGCUCAACACCAUCACAGCUGAAAAUAUUUACGAGACCAUCCCAACGACUAAAUGAUGCUCUGCAGGUUUCUACUGACCUUAAGGCAGUGUUUCUCAAUUCUGGUCCUCACGCCCCCUGCCUGCAUGUUUUAGGUGUUUCCCUUCUGCCACACGCCUGGAUGAAUAAUGGGUGAUUAACAGGCUUCUGCAGUACUUGAUGGUCAC